CCGGGGUAUCUGGCCCACAUGCGGAUUCCUCGAACGAGCCGCGCAAGCUUCCGUCCCUUAAAGUUCAGAAACAAACGCACGGCGAACAGAGACUUUGAGCUCAUCCUGUAACACCACCAUGACGAGCAGACCCGGCAGUCCGUAGUUUUUGAACCUUCACCCGGACACUAUCUCGUCGUAUAAUGCUCCUUCCCUCCGACCGCCGCGAUCUCGCACCAGCCGUCACCAACCCACGGAGGAUUCCGACCCCAAACCGAACCGGUCUUCUUCCGCCACUACAACAGCCGCAGCAACAGUAAGGCGCAGAACAAAGGCUCACUAUGCCGCUCCCAGACACAAACUCAAAUCUCGACGCCGACGGAGCCUCGUGCGGCCCUUCCUCGUCCUGCUCAACAAGCGCCAUCUCCACAACUCUCACCCUCUCCCCGGUCCUGCUCACCUUCCUCCUUGUCUCCUCCGUCUCCCUCACGCGCCUGUUCCCGCGCCUCGCCAGACUCCAACAACCACCUUCUUCCUCCUCCCCGUCUGGGUUACCAAUCGACGACGGACAAGACCAUUUCCUGCCCGCCUCCGCCCCGCCCUCCCUGCGCCAGGCCCACGCCGAGCAGGCGGCCCGCUCGCCUAGGAGGCGUCUAGCCGCGGCCGCGUUUGCCGUCACCUUGGGCCUCAGCGCCGUGCUGGCGGAGCUGAUCCUGGCCGAGAUACUGGAGCUAGAGGGCGCCGUGCUGGGCGCGCGGGCGAGGGCGGUCGGGCUGCGGGUCACGGUGCCGACGCUGGUGGUUAUGCUUGUUGGGGUGCUGCCGUUUCUGGAGGUGCAGAGCGUUCUGGCCUCGAGGGGGUGGCGGUUCGGGAGGGAUGGGAAGGGCAGGGUCGUCUCGAGGGCUGCGUGGUGCUUGCAGGGGGCUGUGUUUGGCGGGUGGUUGGCGGCGUUCUGGUUUGUUGGGAGGGUGGUCACGCAGUUGGGGUCUCCUGGGGCGGACGAGGAUCUGUGGCGGCUGGCUGGGAUGGCGAGUGUCAAGGCGGGCGGUGGAGGAUUUGAUAGCACGGCGAUGACGAUUGGGAGGGCAGAGGUUGGGAGGAUCGGCGGCGCAGGGUUCGGUUCGACUAUCGCUGAUGUGGGGCUGUCACGGGCGUGUCUGGAGAGAAUAGGCGUGAUUGGGAUCUCGUUGAUGGCAUUGCUGUCCGGGUUCGCGAGCGUGUCGAGUCCAUGGCACACGUUUGUGGAUGAUCGGACGUAUCGAAAACGGCCGAUCACAGACGCCGAUAUUGCGAGGAAGCAGGCUGGACUGGACGCUACGAGUGAGUUGCUGCUGACAAAGCGGCACCGGCUGAGGUCGCUGCAGAGAAAGGCGCAGGCGGUGGCAGACGGGGUUGGGGGAGGGACCCCUCAUGGGAGUGCGCCGCCGGCAAGUGGACUAAUGGGCAAAGUCAUCGGCUCGCUCAAGACGAUCACCGGCAGCGGUGAAGCGGCCGAGAUCAAGGCGCUCCAAAUGGAAAUCUCUGGCCUCGAGACUAUGGAAUCUAACCUUGCCGCAUCCCUAUCCCUCCUCAAAUCACGCCAAGCCGCCCAUGCCCGCGAUGGCACCGCCUUCGGCCGCCUCCUCGCCGUCCCGCGUUACAUCUUUGCCGGCUACUGCUUGUACCGGAUCCUUGCCACCACUCUCACCACCCUCCGGCGCAUGUACUAUCCCUCCGCCUCGUUCUCCUCCUCCGAUCCUAUCAACCGCUUCCUGGGGCUGCUCGCUAAGCACUGGGACCCCAAGCUGGACCAGAUCGCCUGGGCGCGCCAGAUCUCCUUCCUGCUAUCCGGCGUCAUCCUCGCCGCCAGUGCAAACUCGGUCUUGCAGACCUUCAGGCUGUUCGCGAAGUGGGCGCCUGGCCUGUUGUACCAAGCUCAGGCGAACCUGGCGCUGCUGGUUGGGCAGGUGGCGGCAACGUACGUCAUUAGCGCGGCAUUGCUGAUGCGGAGCAACCUACCUAAGGAAGUGGGACGCUCGGUCGGGGACGCACUGGAGAGCGCGCUAGAGCCCGGGUUCGUGGAUCGCUGGUUCGAGGGGUGGUUUCUGCUUGCCAGUGCCGGGACGGCGGCCGGGAUAUGGGUCGGGAAGAAGGUCAGCGGCGGGUUUGGGGAUGAAUGGGACGAGUUUGCGGGCGAGGAGAUGGGGCAGAAGAGGUCUUGAACUGCGAAGAGAGGCGUAUUCUGGUCUUCUGACACGGGCACAUAUUCAUUGUAAUCAGCGGGUGUGUGUUUAAAUAGAUUGUGUUCAACUUGACCUGGCAGUUUGAUAUCGUUCACUGGUGGUAGACCAAUGCUGUAUGUGCUUUGGCAUGGUCAGGAAGCAAUGGGGGCUGUGGUACUAGUAGUCCGACUCUGUAAGGGUUCAAGGCAGAUGGAACGGACUUCAGCCAGUCUGGCCAAGUAGAAGUUGUACACAUG